CCGCGCGCUCCUGCCCUGCGCCCGGGUCCUGCCCGGUCGCGCUGCGAGCUGCUCUCCACCCGGGACGCGCGCACCAUGGACUCGGGAGCCAGCGCUCCAGGACCAGCCGCCUUUCGGUUGGACGUUUAGCGGAGGUGGGCGGGGAGUGGCCGAACCCCACACGCGCGCUUCUCCAUGAAGAUUCUUGAGCUUUCUUUGAGGAAAGGAGUGCAUAUGCUGCAGUGUCUCUGUGGAAGGAGCCUCAGGACCAGCAACAGCCUAAGCGAACCCCAGCUGAAAGGAAUUGUGACAAGGUUAUUCAGCCAGCAGGGAUAUUUCCUGCAGAUGCACCCAGAUGGUACCAUUGACGGGACCAAGGACGAAAACAGCGACUACACCCUCUUCAACCUAAUUCCCGUGGGCCUGCGUGUGGUGGCCAUCCAAGGGGUGAAGGCCAGCCUCUAUGUGGCCAUGAAUGGUGAAGGCUAUCUCUACAGCUCAGAUGUUUUCACUCCAGAAUGCAAAUUUAAGGAAUCUGUGUUUGAAAACUACUACGUGAUCUAUUCUUCUACAUUGUACCGUCAGCAAGAAUCAGGCCGAGCAUGGUUUCUGGGACUCAAUAAAGAAGGUCAAAUUAUGAAGGGGAACAGAGUGAAGAAAACCAAGCCCUCGUCACAUUUUGUACCAAAACCCAUUGAAGUGUGUAUGUACAGAGAGCCAUCGCUACAUGAAAUUGGAGAAAAACAAGGGCGUUCGAGGAAAAGUUCUGGAACACCAACCAUGAAUGGAGGCAAAGUUGUGAAUCAAGAUUCAACAUAGCUGAGAACUCUUCUCUUUGUCCCUUUCUCAUCCCUUCCCUUUCCCCCUCUCCUUUACCCAUUUUCUUCCAAUAAACCCACCCAAGGAGAGAAAAAUAAAAUGUCAACGCAGGACCUAGUGGCUCCCAAAAUCUUCCUUUGUGUAGGACAGGAAAAUUGAACCAAAGCUUUCCUGUUGCAGUGUGGUAGAAAAUGCAUAUGCACAAAGAUUAGCACACAUAUAAGCGAGAGGAAAAUAAAUCAAGACUCCACAAACAUUAAAGUAAUUUGUGCAUUUAUUACUAGAGGGCUAAUUGUAAUGAAGACAUAACUGUAAUAAAGAUGAAAUAAAGUUAUUACCUUAAAGA